CGGGCCGGAACCGGUGCACCACCACCGUACCCCGGGCGAGGUUACAUACCCCAACGUGGAGCUAGCCGAUCGUGUCUGGGCGGGGUUGGGGCCAUGCGGGGGAAACUGCAUGUUCGUUGUGGGAAUGUCACCACGAGGGGGCCGGAGAUAAGGGUUAUAAUGUUCACGAAGGCGCCCGACUUGUUUCUUAUGUUGUGUCUAUUUUACUGGAGUAGAGCACGAAGUGUACAUAAUCAAGUCCCUUAGUUGAGAGAUACCAAGACUACGUCCCAACUUCAACGAGACAUAUGCCAACGAGAAUACUUCCUUGGGCAGCCCUGGCUGAAAGCUGAUAAGCAAAACCAACGAAUCCAAGGAUUUGACCACCCCGCUAACGUCUCCUGAUGUCGCCCUAUCGGGAAGCUGAAGAUCGUCCCCCUCAAAGCGUCCUAGACCGACCAAUCCUACCUGCUCCGGCCCGGGCGUUGACCGGGCAUUGUAGCAUUGAUAUCGAUACCCAGGAUAUCUGUGAAGACGACGCCAGAAUGGGGGAAUACCAGCUGGAACCCACAACAUAUGAACAGAUCGAUUCCCAACUUAUCUCGAAACUAGGAACUAUCCUUAGCAUCAAUCCAUGGCUUGAGGAACACAGCAAUGUCGAAACAGGCUACUACCAACACCAUGGCAACGGAGCCCGCGGGCAUCCCCGUCACCGUCGACGCCGCCAUCGCCAGCAAGAGGGGCGCCCUCAAGUGGCUGUCCAACCCGGGCAUCGUCAAGCUCAACUGCGUGCUCGCCCUCUCCCUCGUGUCCAGCUACGCCACCGGCUACGACGGCUCCAUGAUGAACGGCCUGCAGUCUCUCGACACCUGGCAGGACUCCUUCAACCACCCCGACGCUCAGGAGCUGGGACUACUCAACGCCAUCCAGAACGUCGGCCAGCUCCUCGCCCUCCCCCUCUGCGCCUGGUCCUGCGACCGCUUCGGCCGCAAGCCGUCCCUACUCGCCAGCGCCUCCGUCCUCCUCGUCGGCGUCGCCCUGCAGGCCGCGGCGCAGGACGUCGCCAUGUUCAUCGCCGCCCGCGGCGUCCUCGGCUUCGGCCUCGCCCUCAACAUCACCGCCGCCCCGCUCAUGAUCAUGGAGCUCGCCUACCCGUCCCAGCGCGCGCCCCUCGUCAGCAUCUACAACUCGCUGUGGGGGCUCGGCGCCCUCGCCGCCGCCUGGAUCACCUUCGGCACGUUCCGCAUCGGCAGCACCUGGGCCUGGCGGAUCCCCUCCGUCCUGCAGGGCGUUUCCAGCAUCGUGCAGCUGGGGUUGUGCUUCUUCAUCGAGGAGUCGCCGAGGUGGCUGAUCUCAAAGGAGAGGGACGCCGAGGCCGAGGCUUUGCUUGUCAAGUACCACGCCAACGGCGACGCGGCGGAUCCCAUCGUGCCGUUGGAGAUGGAAGAGAUCAGGACCGCGUUGAGGCUGGAGGCCGAGGUGUCGCGGACGACGUCGUACCUCUCCUUCUUCCACACCCCGGGGAACCGUCGAAGGCUUCUCAUCAUUCUUUGCGUCGGCUUCUUCUCCCAAUGGUCGGGAAACGGCCUCAUCUCCUACUACCUCUCCCUAAUUCUUAACUCCAUCGGAUACACCUCCCAAGACACCCAAACGCUCAUCAACGCCCUGAUCACGCUCUGGGGCCUCUUCUGGGGCAUCCUCGCCUCGACCCUCGUCAACCGCUUCCGCCGCCGCACCAUGUUCCUCGCCUCCACCCUCGGAUCCCUGGCUUGUUACGUCGUUUGGACCGCUCUCCAGGCGACCUACGAGAGGCAGACCGACCUCACAGGCGCCGGGUCCCCCGCACUCGCGAAGGGCGUCCUCGCCAUGAUCUUCCUGUACAACGUCACCUUCACCGUCGGCUGGGGCGCCCUGCAGGUCACCUACGUCGUCGAGAUCCUGCCCUUCCACCUCCGCGCCAAGGGUCUCGUGCUGUACAACCUCUUCGUAGCCCUGGCCCUCAUCUUCAACCAGUACGCGAACCCUAUCGGCGUGACCAACGCCAAGUGGAGGUACUACAUCACCUACGACGUUUGGCUGGCCUUCGAGGCCGUCGUCGUCUACUUCCUGUUUGUCGAGACGGGCAAGAUGAGUCUGGAGGAGACCGCCGUCAUCCUGGACGGGAACGAGGACAGGCUGACGGAGGAGGUGGCGCGGAGGACGGAGAAGCUCGCUAUGGAGACUGGGAGAGACGGCGCUCGUUUGUAGGGUUGUUGGGCUAGUUUAUAACCAAGGCGAAACAACAGUCUCCCACUGCGAUUAGAGAAAGGGGCAGCAGAUUUAAUCAGCCGAGCACCAUAAUGUUGCACUCUCAGAAAGUUCCCGUGACGAUUCGAGUCUAUAUGGCAACACGGAAAGGAAUGGGGCUACUGCCAUU